CAAAUUCUGUUUUGAAGUCGCGAGGCAAAGACAGUCAACUGUACAACUUCCUGAGUGCAGAAAAUACGAACGUCCUUCAUAUGAAAUAUAUUUGAUCGUCAUUACUUACUAGCUAGUAGUUGUAUAAUAAAAUCGUGUGUGCGAGACUGGUGUUUUGGUUUACGUAUCCUCUAGUUUUGGUAGGAACGUGCGCUGGGGUAAAGAGAAUGUUGAGGCCACGGUCACGAUCACCCCACUAUUCUCACAGAGUUAGUCCGCGCAGGCAGGAUGGUCGGAGGUUCCCCUGGGACGACCCAGACUUCAACCCCCAGCAGGUGCUGGCUGACCUGGGCAGGCUGCCUGGGGAGGAUCAGUGGGUUCGCUUCAUGGACGAGAUCCACCCAGAUGGCCCAGAGGGCCACAGAAGACCUAUGUCCCCAGGCCUCCACAAGCUUGACCACCACCUCCCCCCAGAGGAAUUCCACCAACGCAGAACCCCACCGGCAGAACCCCACGAGCUGGGCUACGCCGAGCGCAGAAGGCUCUCCCCCCAUGAUGGCAGAGGGGGUGGCAGGGGAAAAGGAAGCGGGAGCGAAGGGCUGCCCCACUCCCCUCAGAGGCUACCCAGAGAGAAGCUGCCAUCACUGGCCCCGCAGCACCCUCACUACAGUCCUGACCACCACCAGAUAGUGUCCUCUGCAAGCUGGAGAAGAGAAGACCAGGACCAGAGCCAGGGAAGGUCCAGGGACCGCAGCCCCAGGGAGAGGGUUCAGGGUGGGGGGGAGAGGAGGGGUGGAGAUUUUUCAGGUCCCUAUGGAGACCAGAGCAGAGAAAACAUGCAUAGAGAGAGGAGCACCAUCUCUGAUCGGAACCGGAGGGAAGCUGAUGAAGCGGUGCAUCCUGGGUACGGAAAGGAGGCAGAGUUUAGGGUGCACCGCCCCUCGUUGGAGAGGCCCCGGGAAGGGUACGGAGGAGCAGGGCCACGGGGGCGCAGGGGCCCCUCGGGGAGCCACGAUGGCCAGGGGCCUGGAACCCUCAUCGUGGAGCAUGACCAUGGUAUUAUAAACAGCAGAGGGCCAGAACUCUACAACAACCAGAGGGGCCGUGGCCCCGACCAGAGCCCAAGCAACGACCGAUUCAGUCAUCGUCACCAUCGGGCCAGAGCCACUGAGGAGCGGUUCAGGAAGUCGGGUAGCAGGUCCAAUACCAGAGAAGAGGCCAGGGGUCGGCUUGUCCAUGAGGAGAGGAGAGGGCCUGUCCAGGAGGAGAGGAGAGGGCCUGUCCAGGAGGCGAGGAGAGGGCCUGUCCAGGAGGCGAGGAGAGGGCCUGUCCAGGAGGCGAGGAGAGGGCCUGUCCAGGAGGCGAGGAGAGGGCCUGUCCAGGAGGCGAGGAGAGGGCCUGUCCAGGAGGCGAGGAGAGGGCCUGUCCAGGAGGCGAGGAGAGGGCCUGUCCAGGAGGCGAGGAGAGGGCCUGUGCAGGAGGCGAGGAGAGGGCCUGUGCAGGAGGCGAGGAGAGGGCCUGUGCAGGAGGCGAGGAGAGGGCCUGUGCAGGAGGCGAGGAGAGGGCCUGUCCAGGAGGCGAGGAGAGGGCCUGUCCACGAGGAGAGGAGAGGGCCUAUACAUGAGUCCAGAAGAAGCCCUGAUCGUCAUGGGAGAGCCAGCCCCAUGGGCUUCCAAGAUAGAGGUAGUCCCACAGAGCCCAGGGCCAGAAACAGUGCAUUCCGUGGGGAGAGGGGGGCCCCAGCCCAGGGUGGCAAGAGACAGAUGGGGCCCUCCAUGAACCAGCCCCGGCCUCUCCUUCAGGGAAUGCAGGGGAACCAACCCCGGGAUGCCAACCCCCAGCAUUCCCCUCCGGAGCACCAGGAGUACCAACCCAGGGGAGGCAUCUGGGACAUGGAGCCCAGAGAGGAGGCACCCGGUUGGGCAGAGGUGAGCGACAUGGAGCCCCGCUGGGAGAAGGACCGGGGACCAGGGCCGCGAGGAGGCCGGCCGCCAGCACAGGGCAGGAUGGAUCCUAGGAAACCUCAGCAUAGAGAUCUCAACCCCAACUGGAACCAACAGCAGAACGAUAUGGCAAUGCCUCGCAUGGGCGCCGGCGAGAAAGAGACGCUCACCAUCAAGGUGGACAUGAACCGGCCUGUGGGCCAGAACAGCCAGCUGUGCUACUCCUCAGACCGUCAGCUGUCGCUGGAUCUGGUCAACGUGGGCCGCCAGCGCCUAGACUUCCUGCCCAUGCUAGAGCAUUCUGGGACUUACCUGGAGUCCGCAAUGCACUCUGGGACUUUCGCCCAGGAGAUCAUCACCCUGGUGCACCAGGUCAAAGAGCAUUACUUUAGGGGUGAUGGUGUGAUGCUGAACGAGCGUUUCUCUGGCCCCCAAGAUGGAGGUCUGCCUGAGGAGGAGGAGCAGGAGGAAGAAGGACCAACUCUGAACAGGCUGUUCAACAUGAGUAUGUCAGAACCUGAUAUGGAACCUGUCUUCUCUAAAGUUGGCCGCAUGCAGAGGCAGCAGCAGGCAGUGAGAGAUCCCGGAGACCUGAGACAUGACCUGGAGAGGAGGAGACAGGAGAGGCUGGAGGGAGUGAAGGUCACCAUACCUGGAGGCAGGCUCUCACAGCACCCCCUGGCUGCCGGGAGUGACCAUCAGGGGGGGUAUGGUAGAGAGGAAGACGAGGAACAGGAGGGCUUUCCAGGCUCGUCAGGCCCACCACGGAGAGGGAGGAGGUGGCCUGGAGACAUGGGGGGUCAGAGGAGAGGGGGCAUGAUUAGACAAGACAUGGGAGACCAGCAAAGGAACAACUGGCCUCCUAAUAGCCCUUGCAACCGGCCUGGACCAACGAGACAACAGAACCACAAUAUUAACGGUGCCAACUGGUGAAUGGAAUCUUGGAGCAAUCCAAAUGAAGUCAGUGGUUAUGUGAGGUCAGCCCGGAGGUUAACUGUUGAUAGGCUGUAUAUAUUAUAGAUCACACUGCUGCAGACUGACCACAGCCUGAACCACGACCACCUGACCUACUGACACUGUACCACGCUGUCAAUGUAAAGCCCAUGCAAUGUAGCUGCUCUCCUGACAGAGAGAGUAAUGUGCUGGGGAAGUAAGAUGUCCAACUGAUAUUUAAAGAUGCACUAUGCAUAAAUCGCUCCACCAUAUCCUGGUUGCAAAAUUUCAAAAGGUUUGCCUAAUUUCAGUUUGUUACAAAACGAGCAGGUAUAGUGUAGAGCAGGGGUAGUGUAGAGCAGGUAUAGUGUAGAGCAGGGGUAGUGUAGAGCAGGUAUAGUGUAGAGCAGGGGUAGGUAACCGUGCUCCUGGAGCCCCGCUGGUACUGCAGGAUUUUGUUCCGUCUAGGCACCACACCUGACCAACUGACAGGGCCGGCGGCAGAACUAAUCAGUUGGACCGGCCUUUGAUAUCCAUAGGCGGGCAUGUUUUUUCCCGGGACCACCUAUGUGUGCACCGCUUGCAUGUUCAAAUUGUAAUAGUAAAGACCAUAGGCAGCUGGUGAGUUUCAAGUUUGUGGAUGCUUCCAAUUUACCCUAGCAUUUCUACCGUUCUUAGUGCCAGUUAUGCUAAUUUUUUUAUAUGCACAUUUUUGUGCAACAGUUUCAUUUCAAUAAUAAGAUUUUAUUUUCUCAAUCAUUGUCACGUGGUUAAUCAUAAAAAUCUGAAAUAAAAUGAUAAAAAUGUCAAUGUUCAAAUUCAACUGAGGUGAGAGCAGCAGCCUCUGCCAUAUGAACACAUUGAUACACUGUGAUCCAUUGGCGGCUAAAUGAGCUCAUAGAACUCCGAGAUAGCCUAUAGGCCAAUGUAGCAGUAGGUCUAUCCAUCUCAACUAAGUAAAGCUGACAAAUAAAAACAGUAGAAAAUAACCUGAUAAAUUCUGGUUCUUUCAAUCACAAUCAUCUCUCUUCUCCACCUGUCUGCCUCCCUUUCUAUCUGUCUUGACUUGAGCUAUUGCUAGUGACGUGCAACACUGUAUCAACUAGCCUAUUCCGGGCCCUCAGAGUUUCCCACGCCAGUGAGCUCUAGACAGACCCAUCAGAUCAUGAUAUUUUGCUCUUUCACACCGAGGCGUGGUGAUUAUCGAGGCCGGGAGUGUUGGAUUUUUUUUUCUAAUACUUAGGAACUAUCAUUCGCAAUGGAUGUUAAAAAAACAGACUUCGUUGGCUUGUGUGAGGCAAAUAAAAAAUGACUGAGAAACUG